AUGAGCAGACCGUCUCCGCUGCUGAGGACAGCGCGAGCUGCGCGGGUCGCGAACACGAGGCCGAGGCCGAGAUUCGUCUGCAGACAAUGCAGAGCCAUCCAGAUCAGCGCCUCCCCCACUACAGAAUCCCGCCCACCCGUCGACGCAUUCGGCGCCUCUCCCAGAGCAGCGCGAGACUCGGCCGAUGCCCGGUUUGAGGUGUUGGGCUCGCCGUCGUCGCUGCUCUCGGUCACGCUUUCCGCCUCGCAGAGACUAUACACAAGGAGGGGCACGCUCGUGUCGGUGGCAGGCCAGGUGGAAAAUGCGCAAUCGACGCUCUCGAUGCUGUCCCCGCUGCGGCGCGCAUUCCUGGGCGUGCCGUUCCUCUACCAGCGCAUCUCGUCGACGACGCCCAUCACGGCCCUGAUAGCCACCAAGUCCCCGACCACCACCUUCUCCGUCCUCCACCUCGAUGGCACCACCGACUGGAUGGUCGCCCAGCGGAACGCCCUGCUCGCCUGGACCGGCCACACCCUCGCCGUGACGCCCCGCGUCCGGCGCGGCCUGUCGCUGGCCCACUGGGGCAGCAGCCACCUGACGGGCCGCGGCCUGGCCGCCCUCUCGGCCCCCGGUCAGAUCUACGAGCUCACACUCGCCGACGGCGACGAGAUGGUGCUGCACCCGUCGCACGUCGUCGCCUACUCGGUCACCAAGAACCCACCGCUGCCCUUCCGCCUCCGCAGCACGCGCCUCGCCGUGCAGAUCCCGGCCGUGCCCAGCUCCGUCAGCGCCGCCGCCGGCCGUCUCGUGCCCGACACGCUGUCGCGCUUCUGGCGCGCCAUGCGCGACACGGAGACGUACAAGUCGGUAGCGCGGCUGCUGUUUGGCAUCCGCACCAUGGCGCGCCGCUCCGUCUGGGGCGACCGGCUGUUCCUGCAGUUCCGCGGCCCGAGCACCGUCCUCAUGUCGAGCCGCGGCGUGCGCGUCCGAGACGUGCUCACCCGGGACGACGUCAACGAGAUCGCCGACUCCGAGGCCGGCGUGGUCCCCGCCGCCGUCGAGCUGGCGAGCAAGCCCAAGCCCGUCGAGGACCUGAGGAAGGCGCAGGCCAAGCCCCUUGCGAUGCACGUCGCUUCGGUCGGCAAGGACGGGAAGGUGACGUUUGAAGACACUAAAGACCUCAACCAGUUUGUCCGGUGA